AUGGCGAUGAUAAGUUCACCGGCAGUGAUUUUCUCCCUCCUCACCCUCCUCAUAUUCUCUCCGGCGUGCGGUCACGGAAGAAGCUUGGUUGGAGGGAGAACGGCGAUCAGCGACGUGAAGACGAACGAGGAGGUUCAGGAGCUCGGGAGAUUCUCCGUCGAGGAGUACAACCGGAGGAGCCAGAAGCUCAUCCGCCGAGGAAACGGCGGCGCCAGGGACGGCUACGGCGACGGAGAGCUGAGCUUCUCGCAGGUUGUGGAGGCGGAGAAACAGGUGGUGUCCGGGAUCAAGUACUACCUUAAGGUGUCGGCAACGGCGACGGAAACCGGUGAGAGUAGGAUAUUCGACUCUGUCGUUGUCGUCAAGCCGUGGCUGCGGUCGAGGCAGUUGCUCAACUUCGCGCCUUCCACGGCUCGCGACGUUCAUUUUUAG